AUGUCUUUCCUUCAUAAUCAUUCUUGCGAGUGCGUUAAGUCAGAAUUGGAUUUGUUUGCACUACCGUCUACACAAACUAGCAUUGAAAAUGGAUUGUGGAUUCAUUAUAAACCAAUUUCAUCUCUUGGUGAUGAUGGACCUAUCGAGUUUCAAGUUCCUGGGACCGGCGAUGACUACAUAGAUUUGUCUCAUACAUUACUCCACAUAAAGGCAAAAGUAUUAAAUCAAGAUUCAACUAACUUGGUAUCUACUACAAUAGUAGCACCUGUAAAUAAUUGGCUGCAUUCACUUUUUAGUCAACUUGAUGUUUAUUUAAACCAAAAACUUGUAUCACCACCUAAUAAUACCUAUGCAUAUCGAGCAUACAUGGAAACCCUUUUAAACUAUGCCCCUGCUGCUAAACAAUCUCAUCUUACUUGUAGUCUUUGGUAUGAGGAUACAGCAGGAAAAAUGGAUUCUACAGAUGGUAAAAACAUAGGAUUUGUUAAAAGACAGGAAUUGAUUAGUGAAAGUAAGGAAAUAGAAAUGAUUGGUCAUCUUCACGGUGACAUUUUUAACCAAGAUAAAUUUUUAAUUAAUGGUGUUGAAAUGAGUGUUAAAUUGGUUCGAUCAAGAGAGAGUUUUAAUUUAAUUGUUGGGUCGAACAAUGUAAAGUUUAAAGUUUGCAUUACGGACGCAACUCUUAUUGUGCGACGAGCACGAAUUAAUCCAAGUGUAUUACUCGCACAUCAAAAAGUUUUAGCUUCUACCACUGCUAAAUAUCCUAUUACUCGAGCUGAAGUAAAAGUUUUAACAAUUCCUUCAGGUGUUCAAGGAAAAACUCUUGAUAAUAUAUUUUUAGGACAGGUAUCGAAAAGAUGUAUAAUUGGAUUUGUGAACAAUUCUGCAUUUAAUGGUUCCCUUACUAAAAAUCCAUUUAACUUUGAAAACUAUGGUAUUAAUUCUUUCAGCUUAUAUAUUGAUGGUCAACAAAUACCUUCAAAAGCUUUGCAACCAUCUUUUAAUAAUAGCAUAUUUACAUCAGCAUAUCAUACUCUAUUCUCGGGAACUGGUAUUCACUUUCUUAAUGAAGGAAAUGGAAUCUCUUGUGAACAGUAUGGCAAAGGUUACUGUCUAUUAGCAUUUGACUUAACUCCUGAUUUAUCAGCUAACUCAUCAACUCAUUGGAAUCUCAUAAAGCAUGGUAGUGUAAGAAUAGAAGUACGAUUUGAAUCCUCAUUAAUACAAACAAUUAACUGUAUAGUUUAUGCUGAGUUUGAUAAUAUUAUUGAGAUAGAUAAAAACAGAAAUGUUACUGUAGACUAUAGUAGUUAA